UGCCUGUAGCCAGUUUCAGAAUGAACUUGAACGACACAGAGUCUGGAAAUAUAGAAUGUUUACCUAUUUGUAACCCAGGCGUUGUACUUUGUGGAACCAAAGUAGCAGACAACGAUAAAUCACAGAGUCUGUACGGUGCUUAAAGAAAAUUCAGAAACAGAAUAAUGUUGAUGAAUGAUAGAAGUAGCUGUUACACAUACGUUGUGUUGCUAGCCACAACGAUAACGGCAACAAUAUACAUUGGAGGAGUGACUUCUUUCGGCAUUAUAUACAAGGAGCUGCUGGACUUCUACCACACAAGAUCCGGAGACACCGCCAUGAUUUCAAGUCUUUCUAACUUUCUUAAUUUUGCAGUAGCUCCGUUCGCUAAUUAUAUCUCUGAAGUCUACUUCUCCUUUCGAUCUGUGAUGAUGACUGGUGGACUCCUGGCUUCUCUAGGAAUAUUCCUCAGUGCAUUUGUUCCAAGAAUGGAGUAUUGGAUCAUCACCUAUGGAAUACUAUCAGGUUUCGGUUUUGGUCUGGUAUACAGUCCAUGUUUUACUGUAGUGAACUUUUACUUCAAGAGACGUCGUGCUCUUGCAAUCGGCAUAGUGUUACUUGGAACGGGAAUAGGUUCUGUUCUGUUUCCAAUCUUGUACAAGUUUCUGAUACACACUUACGGAUUACGUGGUGCAGUUAUUGUGAUAAGUGGUUUAACGUUGAAUUUAUGCGUUUGCGCAGCCCUCAUUAGGCAACCGGAAGAGCUUACAAAGAAAAUUGCGCUCUUACAUCUUCGAACUAAAACUGACCAUAUUGCAUCUCAAGAGGAAGUUGCUGUACUCAAAGAAUCUGUUCAUAAUCAAACAGAUAAUCACCCUAAACGACCUCUGUUUAAUUUUUAUUUAUUCCAUAAUGCUUCCUUUGUAAUUUACAAUUUAGCUUUUAUGUGUAAUAUUUUUGCAUAUUUAUCUAAUUUUGUCAUGAUACCCGGUCAUGCGAGGAUACAAGGAAUGACCAAUUCGGAUAUUGCUGUAUUUUUAUCAACGAUUGGUGGAUCAAUGAUUUUUGCUCGUCCAAGUAUAGGAUGGCUUGCAGACUCUAAACUCGUCCAGAAAAGAAACAUUAUAGGUACAUGUGCUAUUCUCGGAGGGAUAUUUUCUCUUGUGUUACCUUGGAUACAAGGAUAUCGUUGGAUGAUAGUGUACUCGGUAUCCUUCGGGAUUUUUCCUAGUUCUUUCUUCAUGUUUAUUCCUCUGCUUUUAUUAGAGAUAGUUACUCUGGAGAAUCUUCCACAAGCUCAGGGACUGUUAUACCUUUGUCUGUCUGUUUCUGCAGGUUUAUCGCAACCGGCUGCAGGUUGGAUAAAGGAUUUAACUGGUGAUUGGGACGCCUCUUUUCAUGUUUCUGGUGCCAUAAGUAUUCUUGCUGGUGUACUGUACAUGUCAGAACCAAUCUUACGUAAAUGUAAUCGAAAACAGAAAGCUCACAAUGCCAAUCAGAGUGACGAGACGAAUGGAAAUCAAAAUUUGUGAAACAUGUAUCAUAGUAAUCAUAAACCAGUGAAACUUGAAAGGACUGUUUCUUAAUUUCGUUCCGUCCGUCAAAGACUCAUGUUAUCAGAUUGUUCAAUGUAAUAUUGAGAUCCUGGAUCUUAUACUGUACAUGUGCAAGAGGAUAAUAUUUUGCAUUCUACAGCUCAUAGCAUAAUUAGAGCUUAUAUGAAUUUUCAGAAUUCUCUGAUUCAAA